AUGAAACGGGACCGAUGGUAUCUAUCUAUUCAAGGGCAGGCCUUUACGCCAGACAAACAAACACUUGCUGAUAUGGACCGCGUUUUUAACAAGUACAAUUGGCCAUCACAUCCCACGUCAAAAGAAACGUUUAUUGAUAAUCCACGAAUCCGUCCUAUAUGCGAGGAUGGUGCAGAAUUGUCACCUCCAAGGAGACGACGAAAGGUACAUGAUUAUAAUUUAUGCGUUCAAGAACAAAUAAAUGAUGAGCAAGACAAUGUUGUGCAAUGCGAAAAUAUAGACCAUAAUAUGUUGCCUAAUAAUAUACCGCGAGAAGUGUCACCUCCAACGAGACUACGAAUGGUACAUGAUGAUAAUUUAUGCGUUCAACAACAAAUAAAUGAUGAGCAAGACAAUUUUUUGCAAGUCGAAAAUAUAGACCAUAAUAUGUUGCCUAAUGAUAUACGGCGAGAACCUUUGUUUGUGGUAGGAGAGGGUUUGAAUGUGCUCACAAAAGGAGACCCCUACUUGGCCGGAUACAUUACGAGAAUAGAAGGAAAUGAUAUUUUCAUAAAAUUCCCGUUCGGAAGAUUUGAUAUGUACGAAUAUAAAUAUGAAGAAGAUUCCAUAUUACCAUUUACAACACAAUUUCCGAACGGCAAAUUUACGCCGAUAAAGAUUAUUAAAAGUAGACCACUGGCGUGUCAAAAGAGGAAAAUUAAGGAUUAUGAAGAAAGGCUGCAGCAAUAUAUUAACACACGGUGUGACUGA